GCCUGUUCGAGCCGUUGUUACGAGUUCGUUAUGAGUCGGGAGUUGUUUGGUCGGAUCGGUGGCAUUUCUCGGUCUCGUCGGGAAACCGCGAGAAAAGUGUUUCGGGAAUAGAAUCUUCAAGUAUAAAGUGUGCGCGUGUUACUUUUCUCUCUCUCUCUCUCUCUCUUUCUCUCUCGAGAAAGAAGGAAGAGGAGAAGGUGGUAGAAGGGAGAAGAAGAGAGGAGGAUCAUCGGGUGGAAUCGAGCGGUGUGGAUAGAAGGACGAGCGUUGGGCCUGGUUGGAUCGGAUCGAAGGUGGAGGAGACGUCGCACGAUGAGACGGACGACGAGAGAAUGUCGCGCGGACGCCGCCGCGGGAUUCGUCUCAGUCGUCCGACCGGUCGACCGGUGGCCGUUGAGAGCGUCGAAGAGGAAAGGGUGAAGGGCAGCAGGCCGUCCUCGAUGGUGUGCCACGUCGAUCCGAUGGGACGAGUCAUGUCACGUGUCGUCGGCACGCUGCUCGCGCGCUCCACGCUGCUCACGAGCGUCGCCGCUGCCCUCGUCCUACUCUUUUGCUGCUGCAGGUGCACUCGCGCGAGCGAAUUCCCGGAAAGGGAAUGUUGCGACCUGAUAUUCCCGAUCCCGGAACCGACCGGCAGAUCCACGUCCGCGCCCACGCCAACGGGCAGAAGCGGAUCCGACAUCAAAGUACCGGUUGCAAUACUGAACUGUCUUUACGCGCGUCAAUUGUGCUUCGAGGAUGCAUCCUGCAGCGCCAUUCUAGAGAUCAUACCGAGGGUCUGUGGUCCAGAGCUGGUGGCUUGUUCGACGGUGACAGUGACAAAGUGUCAAGCGGCCCUGCACACUCUCCAAGCUUUCCCUUUCUUCCGCCCAACGUGCCUCUGCAGGGAACCGCAUGUAGACCCGGAUUGUAACAGUUUCCAGAACUUCCUCUUCGACCACCCUUGCAUCUACGUCUUAAAGAAGGGUAAGUUUAACGCGAGAGGGCCCAUUAUUUAUUAUUAUUACCUGGAACACUUGGAAACACACUUUUUAUUUCUUUCAAACUUCGUUCACUUGUUUUGCAACAAACUUGCCUUCCCCAAAAUUCAUGGGAAAAAUUGGUGCAAAUUUUUUUUCGAAAUUCAC